AUGUCGGUCACCAGCCCAAGGAUAUCCCUCGUCGACAACACUGUGCCUGAUCGAACCUCUCGUAUAGGUGGGGGUGAGGGAGGGGGAGAUCUAAGCCUCUCAGCAAGCUCACCCACGGUAACCACAGUGACGAAGAAAUUAACAAAAGAAUCCGUGAAAGAUAGCUUCCAACGAAGGAAAUAUGCGAAGUUCCAGAAGAAUAAAUAUGGCAACGGAGAUGGAUACGAUGGUGUCGAGGGGGAGGGUGAAGGCCGACUCAGCCUGGAUAUAUCUCCAUCUCACCGGGAUUCUCCGGACAGAACGGUAGAACAGCAGACCCCGACAGGCAAUUUCACGAAUCCCAGCAAACAGACUGCCGCCGAAACCGUUGAGGUCGCGUCGGAAUCUGCCCAGGUCCUUCUAGACCCCUCGUUGUCCCAGGAACACCCUGGAGCGGGCGAAACUAGCGAAAUCGACGUGUUGUACGAGAACCAGCGCGGCUGGUGGUUCUUCGGUGUCCCUCUGUAUUCAGCAAAAUCACUACUGCACCUGGACCCAUCUGCUUGGCUCACCCGCAACCUCGAGGAUAGUCCCGUCAAUAUCACGAAUGCGCAGGUGCCCGACCCCAGCUGGGAAUGGGCGUGGGAUACGUGGUAUAUCGACAUGUCCUACGAUGUCGAUGAGGGCGGGUGGCAGUAUUCCUUUGCGUUCUCGUCGCGGUUUGGGUGGCAUGGGACGCAUCCGUGGUAUCACUGCUUUGCACGCCGGAGACGAUGGUUGAGGAAAAGGGUUAAGAAAGUUAGCAUUGGAGCUGAGGAGGAUAUUGUUACCUUAAAUGAGGUUUGUUUUACGGUUAGUUCGUGUCGGGCGCCAAGUGUUGGACUUCGGAGUCAGCGGGUAAGCCGUGGGACGCUUUCGAGUGCGGGUGAGAUGAGAGCGGAUGACAUUUUGCCUGACGAUAUUACCAAUAUCGGUAUGUUAUUGAGCGCGAUGAAGAUGGCUCCGUUGGAUAGAGAUAAAAUUCUCGCUAUUCAGCAUUUCGUGCAGUAUGGAGGGGAGGACUUGUAUUUUCUUCCGGAAAAGAUGCCCGAGAUUCUAUCACUAUUCAUGUAUAAAACCUCCUAUCGGCACCUAUUAGACUACUUUAUACAGGCUAUUGAGAGCAUUCCCGCAACAUCUAAGGGGGCUGAAAAACAGAAGCGAGAAAGCCUUAUCAAAGUCAUCGAGGACGAGAAGCUGAAAGGGCUGCAUUUCUGGUGUGAUAAAAAGGCAGUGGCUAGGGAGGAACGCCCUCUAUUGACAGAUGGCGGAGUGGGCGAAUCGAAUGACCAGCCUUCCCGAAGAUCCAAAGGCAAGGAAGUUGUGCGGAACGUGGAAGACAGGGAUGUCGCAGUAUUCUGCCUGCCACUUAGGAUUUUCACUCCAAUGCUCUCUGGGACUCACCGGGGUCUGAGAAACCGGGUGUCAUUCUCUAGAGCUCCUUGCGACCAUGCCGCAUUCUCUCGCAAUGAGCCCAUUUUACCGUUUUUAUACCCGCGCGGGCUCCUUUUUACACUGACCUGGGAGAGGCAUGGGCAGGGCCCAACUUACCCUUUCAGAUCAGGCAGUAAACGGUUAAAUUCAACUUCCUAUCGUUGCAGAUUUGCCAGCGUAACUCUUGAUACCUCGCGCAAAUAUUCUGGGAAAACACAACCCUCCAUGUCCGAUUCCCCGCCAACGGAUUCAAAUCUUGCGCAGCAUGAUGAAUCAAGCGACGUUGAUAAUGGAAAUUCACGGGAACUGGGCGGAUACAAACAAACCGACAGCAAUGGUCAUGGUCCUGGACCAUGUCCUAGUCGUCAUGGUCCGGUCAACAUUCGAACUGUCCGUUCUGAACCGUGGUGGAUUAAGAACCCGCCAGGCGGGAGGCGACCAAAACCAAAUUAUGUAUAUGAGAAAUGGAUGGAUGUAAUGAAUGAGAUCAAGACUUUACCGAAAGCUGCUGCGGACAAACCCCCUCCCGAGUAUGCCAAAACCAUAUACCUCUCUGAAAGAGAUGUUGUUACCUUAACUGGAUACGAGUGGGAGAACUUGUGGUAUGUCAAAACGUUGAGCGGAUGCCGAGUCCAUGUAUUACCACGGGAAUACGAUUCCGAAGAUUCGAUGCGCAAAGUCGUACUCACGGGUUCUCGGGAGGCUGUUAAAUUGACUGAGGAAGAAAUUCGGGCGGAAAUCCAAGCGUCUUAUGAUUCUGGAGAUUCUCCUGACUCUUUACCGCCUUUUGUGUUUGGACACGAGUGGAAGGACAAGCAAGAUAUGGACAUUCCAACGAUACGGUCUGUCUGGACACGCGGAGAGCGGUUGAUGUCUGACGGGGAAAGAUCUAGAAACCCGAUCCGGGCAGAUGAAAUACGAAUACCGAAGCAGUGGACUAUUAAAAGCUUUGGCGACUAUGUCGAACGGAUAGUCAAUCUGGCCUUCUCAAGCCCUGUCCAUCGUCUGAUAUAUCAAAAUGGGACCCGAAACCGAGUCGUUAUUAUGGGAAUUAUCCGCGAUCUGUUUACUGAUUCCAAGUUAGGACAGUUCCUGUCUACCCGAGCGGUGAAUUUAGCCAUAUUCUUCUGCUAUCGAUACCCUGACUUUUUACCAGACCUUUUACAGCUAUUUCCUAGGUAUGAGCAUCUGAUGACCACAAGGACUUUCAAUGCACUCCUGAAGGGUUGUUCGAGAAACCAUGACCUGGAGAGAUUUCGUUAUAUCAUCACAUUGAUGAAACGGUUUAGGGUUAGACCGAAUGGGAUGGAAUGGGUGACUUUCGUUGAAACAAUCUUAUCCUCAUCAAUCAAGCAAAAAGUGGUCGCGAGCCUGCGCAAAGAUGGACUUCUGAAUGACCAGAACAUCCUCCGUCUUCUCAUAUAUGAGAUCAUUCCUGUUUCCUUCAGAUCUCAUCUGGAUAGCGGCCAGACAGCCCAAGAUUAUUUUGAAGUCAUGGAUAGGAGAUAUGGACAUGACUGGAUGUGUACUGAUAUGGUCAACAGAAUGCUGAGAGUGACGAGAUGCAACAAGGACGUUGAUGCAGCUCAUCAGAUUAUACGGCGCUCUAAGGAACGGCAUAUACAACUGGAUACGCAGUGCAUGAACUUUUGCCUCGCCUUGUACCUUAACAAGGGCUGGUACCCUCAGGGACUCGACUUCUAUUUGGACUUUGUCAAUGACUUCCCAAAUGUAGCCAUAAACAACGAAACUGUCCGCAUUCUUUUCAGCCUAGCCUGGAAAGCUAAAUAUUACAACACCUGCCGGGUUGUUUGGAGAUAUUCCUGCCUCUUGGGCCUAGCAAGCUCGAACAUGAGACAUCUGGUUUUGUCCUCCCUUCUCCGAAACACCAUCCACGACCCGGAAAACUACCACCAAGACUGGCACAAGAAAGUUGGUAAGGUCGUUGUCGGGAUCGAAACCAGCGUUGCCGAUAUUGGCACGCGCUUUGACUCUCUUAAUACUGAUGGAUCAACCGAACCUGAUCAAUCGUUGUUGGAUGACAACAGCAGCCUCGUGUCAUUGCUGGUAGAUUAUCAACCCAACGGCGAAUUACGGGAUAAGCAGCGGGAACUUGCCACGCAUGCCAUCGACAGGGAUGCUAGGGCGACGUGGAGCUUUAAGCCGCUGGCAAAAUUCGAGUACAUGAUGUGGCAGGCUCAUGAGAUGGAUAUAGCGUGGCAAUCGACUCCGGGCGCUGCGGACAUGUCUGUUGACGAACUGGUUCGGAGAGCAAUUGAUGUCCCCGUAGUCAAAAGGCCGAUUGCCGGUAAGUGGAAGAAAAGCCAGGUCUCCGGUAAAGGGGAUGAAAUUGGGGAGGUUUGGGGGGAAGGACAUGAACAAGAAAAAUACAGUGAGGAAGAAAGAGAAUAUGGGAAGGGAGAAACUGAUUUACAUGCCAAAUCUGCCGGGACACAGGGGGAGGCUAAGGAGAGGAGAUCGACGCAGAGUGGAAAUACUAUUUCGGUGGAGGAGGUUCGGGAUAUUUUGGAAAGACGGGGAAUAUCGUGGACAGGCGGGGAGAAGUCUUCGAAGAGAAGGUAG